AUGUGCGUAUACUUCCUACCAUGUUCGAAGUACCACUACUUACAAGAGGAUACUAGGGAUCACAACAAGAGCAAGAAAGUAUCUGCAUCAUUCGCCUUCUUCGAGUCCCUCGCGGAGGCAGGCAUCAGCCAUGUAUUCGUCAACUUGGGAUCUGACCAUCCAGCCAUUAUGGAGGCCUUGGCGAAAGGUCUCUCGGUGAAGGAGACCAAGUUUCCUCGGGUGAUUACCUGUCCACAUGAAAUGGUGGCGAUGUCCAUGGCAGAUGGAUUUGCUCGUCUUACAGGGCAGCCUCAAUGCGUGCUCGUCCAUGUUGACGUGGGCACACAGAUGCUUGGAUGUGCCGUCCACAAUGCAUCGGUUGCUCGGUGCCCCGUACUAAUUUUUGCCGGUCUAUCUCCGUUUACUCUGGAGGGAGAAAUGCGUGGUUCUCGUACUGAGUAUAUCCACUGGCUUCAAGAUGCCCCCGACCAAAAGGCAAUUGUAGCACAAUUUUGUCGAUAUACUGCGGAGUUCAAAACCGGUAAGAACAUCAAGCAGAUGGUGAACAGAGCAUUGCAGUUUGCCACAAGCGAUCCAUGCGGACCUGUCUAUCUGGUCGGUGCUCGAGAAGUCAUGGAGGAAGAUGUCGAACCCUAUCAUCUAGAUCAAAGUGUUUGGGAGAGCGUUGCUCCAGCUGCACUCCCGCCGACAGGUGUCGAGACAAUCGUCAGGCUACUUUCGGACGCCCAAAAGCCUCUUAUCAUCGUUGGGUAUACAGGUCGCAACCACGCAACAGUACCGGAGCUUGUCAACCUUGCUGAAGCCAUUCCUGGUGUUCGCGUCUUGGACUGCCUAGGAAGUGAUGUUUGUUUCCCGUAUACUCAUCGAUCUUCCUUGGGCGUCCGAAUCGGAAAAGACGAGAGCAUUCGUAUAGCCGACGCAAUUGUCCUCAUCAAUUGUGACGUCCCCUGGAUUCCGACACAGUGCACCACACGACCAGACGCCAAAAUUGUUCACAUUGACGUAGACCCCCUCAAGGAAAACAUGCCGGUACACUAUCUCCCAGCAUUUCGCAGAUACCGUGCCGACGCUCAGACUGCUCUGGCUCAGUUGAACGAGUAUAUCUCAACUCAUCCUCGAUACUCCUCAUUGAAGAAUGAAGAGCCAUACGUGUCUCGCUGGGAGACUCUGGCAGAAGAUCGUCGAAAGGCUCUCGAGAAGGCUGACAAACUAGCUGCACCGCCAGUAGACGACUCUUUACCGCCCAGUACUUCUUACCUCUGUUCAGAACUACGCAAGAAGUGUCCCAAGGACACUAUCUGGACGGUGGAAGCUGUCACAAAUGCCAUGUUUGUCUACGACCAGCUUCAGAUCGAUGAGCCAGGCCACCUCGUCAAUGGCGGAGGGGGCGGCUUGGGUUGGUCUGGAGGUGGUACUUUGGGUGUCAAACUUGCCUCCGACUGGUUGGCAGGUGGAACUAAUAAGGGUAGUUUUGUUUGCGAGAUCGUGGGUGAUGGCACCUACAUGUUUGGUUCGCCUUCCACUGUUUACUGGAUCGCACGGAGGUAUCAGAUACCUACUCUGACGGUUGUUUUGAGCAACAAAGGUUGGAACGCACCACGAAACUCACUCGAGCUUGUCCAUCCAGAUGGCUACGGGUCUAGGGUGUCAAAUGAAGACCUCAACAUCUCUUUCGCUCCGACUCCUGACUAUUCAGGAAUAGCAAAAUCUGCAGCCGGUGGAAACGCAUUCGCAGGUGUCGUACAGAGUGCUGCAGAUUUGCAACGCUUGCUUCCUGAAGCUGUCGAGACUGUCCGAAGUGGUACUUCAGCCAUAUUAGAGGUCCGUCUACAGGGCUCAUGGGAUAAGAACGAGGUGAAGCUGUAG